UUCCGGACUGUGCGUUCCACAUACAGGAAGUGAGUUUUCAUCGACUGCUGCAGCCUCCCAGUGUCCGUGGAGAUCAGGAACUCCAGCUGUGAGGAACGGAGUCUUUAUUACACAUCACACGUUCUGUAUUCUCUCUGAUUCACCGAGGACGGACAAGGACAGGAGUCACAGGACUGAGAGGAUAAUAAAAAUCACCCUGGAGAUCAUCUACCUGCUUACUGGGGAGGAUUACACAGUAGUGAAGAAGACAUCCAGUGAGUGUGAGAUACUCAACAGCCAUCGCCGUGUGUCAGGAGGACUGAGUAGAACCCAGAGCCCAAUCACGGUGCCUCCACCUGACUCACUAAUACAUGAGAGACACAAUGACCAAAAGAUCCUGGAACUCACCAACAAGAUCAUUCAGCUGUUGACUGGAGAGGAGGUGGAGUGUAUAGAGGAACACAGGGGUCUGUACAAGGACGUGAUGAUGGAGAAUCACCGGCCCCACACAUCACUGGAAGGACCCAGUAACAGAGAUUCCCCAGAGAGAUGUCCCCGUCCUCUGUAUUCCCAGGACUGUACAGAGGAGAAUCACAGGACCCCACUGGAGGAUCAGGGUGAAGCCCGAUUAAAUAAUAUUAAAAUCAAAGAUACAGAGGGAGAAGAAGAGACAUAUGUGACUGAUACAAAGGCAGAAGAUAUAGAGGGAGAAGAAAAGACAUAUGUGACUGAUAUGAAGGCAGAAGAUACAGAGGGAGAAGAAGAGACGUAUGUGACUGAUAUGAAGGCAGAAGAUACAGAGGGAGAAGAAGAGACGUAUGUGACUUAUAUAAAGGCAGAAGAUAUAGAGGGAGAAGAAGAGACAUAUGUGACUGAUAUAAAGGCAGAAGAUAUAGAGGGAGAAGAAGAGAUGUAUGUGACUGAUAGAGAGGCAGAAGAUAUAGAGGGAGAAGAAGAGACGUAUGUGACUGAUAUGAAGGCAGAAGAUACAGAGGGAGAAGAAGAGACGUAUGUGACUGAUAUGAAGGCAGAAGAUACAGAGGGAGAAGAAGAGACGUAUGUGACUGAUAUAAAGGCAGAAGAUAUAGAUGGAGAAGAGGAGACGUAUGUGACUGAUAUAAAGGCAGAAGAUAUAGAGGGAGAAGAAGAGACGUAUGUGACUGAUAUAGAGACAGAAGAUACUGAGGAAGAAGAAGAGACGUAUGUGAGGGGAGAUCAGCAGUCUAAGGAGGAGGAGAUCCCUACAGAUAUCAGCACAGGUGAGUAA